AUGUUACAGUUCAAAAGGUUUAACAGCAGUGCUGGUGCAGCAGCAUUGAAAAAGACGGCAUUGUACGACAUGCACGUGUCGUUGGGGGCCACCAUGGUGCCGUUUGCAGGCUACAGCAUGCCAGUUUUGUACAAGGGACAAACGCACAUUGAGUCGCAUAAGUGGACUAGAGAACAUGCGGGUUUGUUUGACGUUUCGCACAUGAUGCAAAGCACGAUUAGCGGGUCCAAUGCGAUUCAAUUCUUGCACCAAGUGACGCCUACUGAUUUCCAGGCGUUGAAGCCCAAGGUGGGCACGCUUUCUGUUCUUUUGAAUGCGAACGGUGGCAUUGUGGACGACACGUUGGUGACCAAGAUCAGCGAUGAGCAGUUCUACAUGGUGACGAAUGCGGGCUGCAUCGAGAGGGACACGGAGUUUUUGACCGAAGAGUUGGCGCGCGUACCCGAGGGGACCGUGUCGUGGGAGGUGCUCAAGGACAGGGCGCUACUAGCGCUCCAGGGUCCCGAAGCGCGCUAUGCGUUGGCGAAGCUCGUGAAGCACGGGGAUUUGAAGACGCUAUACUUUGGCCAAAGGGACGAGUUCCAACUCUCUGAGAACAUCACUGCGCAGGUAGCUAGAUCAGGGUACACUGGUGAGGACGGAUUUGAGAUCAGCGUUUCAAACAGCGACGCUCCGGUGCUUGCGCAGCUGUUGUUGGACCAGCCGGAGGUGAAGCCCAUCGGUCUAGCGGCCAGAGACAGUUUGCGACUAGAAGCCGGUAUGUGUCUCUACGGGCACGAAUUGGACGAGACGAUUACGCCCGUGGAGGCGUCGUUGAACUGGUUGAUCAGCAAGUCGAGAAGAGACGGCUCGUUGGGCAAGUUCAACGGCUUCGACAAGAUCAUCGCACAAAUCAAGGACAAGUCCUACGACAAGGUCAGAGUCGGCUUCAAGUACCUUGGCAAGGGCCCGGCUGCAAGACAAGAAACUCCGAUAUUGAAUGACGCGAACGAGCAAGUCGGUGUCGUGACCUCGGGAAGCGCAUCGCCUUCCUUGAACAACAUAAACAUCGGCCAGGCCUACGUGCAGAAGGGGCUCCACAAGAAGGGCACCCAAUUGAGGGUUCAGAUCAGGAACAAGACCUAUCCUAUCGAGAUAGCGAAGAUGCCCUUGGUGCCUACCAACUACUACAAGCCAACAUAG